CCAACGAGACAGCCUAGGCGUAGUGGACAGCCUGAUAAAUCAUAUGAUAGAGGCCCAAGGUCAAGAUUAACCGAUCGGGGUGGAGGCUGGGGUCAAUCUUCGGAUCGUGAUGGAGCCAGGGGUCAGCCCUCUGAUCGGGGUGGAGCCAGGGGUGAAUAUUAUGAUCGGGGUGGAGCCAGGGGUGAAUAUUAUGAUCGUGGUGGAGCCAGGGAUCAAUCUUCUGAUCGCGGUGGAGCCUCGGGACAAUUUUAUGAUCGCGGUAGAGGCAUGGGUCAAUUCUUUGAUCGUGGUAGAGGCAUGGGUCAACCUAUUUAUCGCGGUGGGGAUGUGGACCGAUUUUCUGAUCGAGGUGGAAGCAGGGGUCAAUAUUCAGAUCGAGGUGGAAGCAGGGGCCAAUAUUCAGAUCGAGGUGGAAGCAGGGGCCAAUUUCCAGAUCGAGGUGGAAGCAGGGGC